UUCAGCGACCUGCCGCGCGACUACCUCGAGGUGUCCAAGGUCCUUCUCGAAGUAGCGAGCGACGACGUCCCUGCGCCGGACCGCGUGCGGCUGUUGCUCAAGGACAUCCGCGAGGCGCGCCAGGCCAAAGUGCGCGAGGGUCUCGCCGCCAUCAACGCCGUCCACCUCGGUAUGCCCAACCUGUCGACGCUCGAGCUCUCCGAGCUGCGCCCCUUCUUCUCGCUCGCCUUUACGCGCCUGCGCGACCUCGACCCGCAAGCCGAGGCGCACCGCGAGGCCGAGGAGUGGUGGAUGCGCGACCCGGCGGGCUGCAUGGACGCGGCGAGGAGGGGCGAGGUCGGGGGGAAGCGUGACGGGGCGAGUUUCGGCGCGGGGGGCAGAGGUGGGCGAGGGGACAGGGAGGGGACGGAGAUGAGCGGGCUCUAG